AUCAUUUUAUGAUCAGAACUGCAGUUGGGAUUUAGCUUCUGAGUGAACCAAGCGCCCCUUUUAAGAAAAUGAUUCGAUUUAUAGUUUUUGUUUCGAGCUGUUUAGUUGCAGUGUGCAUUGCUGAUGUUACUCCUCGCAGAGAUGCAGAGUAUCCACCGCCAGAGCUUUUACAAGCUUUGAAACCACUUCGUGAUAUUUGUCAAAAGAAAACUGGAGUUUCUGAUGAAGCAAUCCUAGAGUUCAGUGAUGGCAAAGUUCAUGAAGACGAGAAGCUCAAAUGCUACAUGAACUGCCUCUUCCAUGAGGCGAAAGUGGUUGACGACACAGGCCACGUACAUCUCGAAAAACUCCACGAUGCCCUUCCGGAUUCCAUGCGCGAUAUUGCUAUGCAUAUGGGCAAACGCUGUCUGUACCCAGAGGGUGAAAAUCUGUGCGAAAAAGCAUUUUGGCUGCACAAGUGCUGGAAGGAGUCUGAUCCAAAGCACUACUUCUUGAUUUAAGGGAAUACCGAAAUCAACCAGCAGUAACUUGGAAACUAGUUACAACUAAGCAGCACACAGAAAAUGUGACUAACUCCUGACCAAACCAAAAUUUAACAUAGAGAGUGACUAACAAAAGCAAUAAAGAGCAAACAACUAACGUUAAAA